GUUCUGCUAAUUGUGACGAUGCGUCGGCGGAAGAAGGAGCCCCUGAUCCUGGAGGAGGAGAGGGACAUCAGAGAGAACAUUGUGCGUUAUGAUGACGAGGGCGGGGGAGAGGAGGACACAGAGGCCUUCGACAUGGUCACCCUGCGUAACCUAAACGUCAUCAGGGACCCCAACGUGCGGCGAGAUGUCACACCUGAUACUCCCACCUUCUUUCAUUACCCAUCAACUACUCGCCCAGCCUACAAAUCCCUGCCGGACAACGUGGUGUUUCGAGAGUUUAUUUGGGAGCGUCUUAAGGACGCCGAUGUGGACCCGUCUGCUCCCCCGUACGACUCUCUGCAGACGUAUGCUUUUGAAGGCAGCGGCUCUGUAGCAGACUCUCUAAGCUCAUUGGAGUCACUAAGUACAGAUUCAGAUCAGAACUACGACUAUCUGAGCAACUGGGGACCACGCUUCAAAAAGCUGGCCGACCUCUACGGGAACAGCGACAGCGCCGGUGUCUUCUCAUAGCCCCUCGAUGUCUCUCAACAUUUCUUGGACUUGGCAAAAAAAAUAAAAAUACAAGUAAUUUAUUGUCAGAGAAAAUGAUUUUGUCUGCCUUGGCGCAUUGGAGGAAAGGAUUCAAAGACAACACAAGAGAGAUUGAGAGAAAAACGCUUUGACUUCAAAGGUUUAGGGUUUGUUUACCUCCUUGUAUGGAUUUUCAAAAGCGUGCCAUGGUGAGUUUUGACAUCAAAAGUGACUCGACGGAGGAGGAAACCUUGUGUGCAAAAGACAUUAAAGGUUUCCGAGUUUGGGGUCCAGCCCAACCAUUGACUGCAGAAUGCAUACAUGUUGGAGCAUUUCUACGGGGAGGAACGUGUCCUUUCAUUCCAGCGAUGGGCAUGGGCCCAGCACCCUUUGCUUUGAUGCAUUCCUUUGCUAUCUUUGUGCUAAAAAAAAAAAAAAAAACGUUUCACAUGAAAUGCUGUGUCCCUGGCGGCUAAUCAGUAGUCACUUGACUGUUCAAUAUGAAUUUGACAACAUGAAAUCUAUGGAUUUUUUCUUUCUUUCUUCCUUUUUUUUUAGGGAUGGUUGUGGAGCAGGUUGGUGAGAUGUUUUUUCAUAAACAUUUAAACACAGAGGCACAUUAUUCAUGGACUCUGUCAUACCUCGCAACACUAUAUGAGAAGUGCAACUGCACACAUACAGUAUAAACUAGUAGUUGAUGUGCUAAGGAAGUGAUGUGAAGACAUACGUUGUGCAAAUAAUAAAAAAUAAAGAAUGACACUCAGUCAGUUUGAUGUCUCCACUGGGCGAAACAGGAUUGAUAUCAUUUCUCUAAUUCUCCUAACAAUACAUUUUGCAGAUGUUGCAAUGUAGUGUUUGUCUGAGUCUGUUUUUUCUUCCGCCUUUCUAUUUUCCAACUCUGAUGUUUCUUUUUCUGAGCUAUUCCGUUGUUCUGCUUUUGUAUGAUGCAAGGGGGCUGGAAAAGUCCGCUUGUUGUUUUUGAUAGCGAGAUUCACGCAAACUAGACCCAAGAAAAUCGUUUUUGGUCUGAGAGGUGAAGUUGCAGUUUUGUCAAGUAAAUGAAAUUUGCUUCUGUAGUUUGCAGAGUCCAGCAUAUAUUGUCAUUCAAACAUGAAGUCAAUGAUGUCCAUGGUUUUGUUUAUUGAUGGUAAAGGACACACUGUAUGAUAAUAUUCAUGCGCCGCAUUGUGCCCACUUUGUUUCUCCAGCUUAAAAAAAAGUUCUGUUAUGAUUGGGUGUCGACAUGUACAGCCGAUAUGUAUUAUUAUUAUUAUUUAUUUUGAAGGCGCAGAAUUGUGCAAAUGAUGUUUUUAUCCUUUUUUGCUGAAAAAAUAAAAUUGACAUUCGGUUCUGUAAAAGACUGAGGGGAUUUCUUUCAGUCAAUCUGAGCAUAAACAAGUGAGU